CGUCAGCUGUGGAGGUGGAGGUGAUAAAGGCUGGUGUGGACUGAGGGUAAACACACUUUCUGAAACAGCGCGGAGGAAAGAGAAGCUGGACUGAACUGAGUUUCCAAACAGCAGGCAUCAUGAAAACUCUCAGAGGGCGACACUGGUUUUUCAUACAUCUACACUGUGUCCUGGUUGGCAGUUUAGUUGACUCCUCUUCCCUGUCCUCCGCCAGCCAUUUCCAGUCCGUCAGCUCCAGCGUGGGAAACCAGGCGGUCCUUCCCUGCAGCUGGAAGCCUCGUCUGGGGGACGUGGCCCCGUCCGCCUGCCACAUCCAGUGGACGACCCCGGCCGACACCGUGUUCGAGCUGCGGGGAGAGCAGAAGUGGCAGGCGGAGGAGUUCGAGGGCCGGGCGGAGGUUCCUGAGGACAGGCUCGGGUCCGGGGAUUGUUCCCUGAUCAUCAGCGACGUUCAGAUCGGAGACUCGGGGAGAUACGAGAGCUUCAUGGUGGUUGACGGAGUGAGGUCCAAAAAAACCAGGGUCUUCAUUCAGAGCGUCAAGCUGUCUGUGUUUGACCACAAAUCCUUACAGUCUCACAGUCCAGGUGAGGACUUAGUUCUGGAUCUCCACACUCGUCACUCUGUGAGAGUGGUCUUCCAGGGCAGGAACAGCUCGGAGUGGUCGAACCUGUGGAUGAGGGGGGAUGAAGACAGUGAGCGUCUGGAGAAACAUCCACUGAGAGAGCAGCUGACAAUAAGGAAGUUAAAGAGCUCAGACGAAGGAACGUACAAAGUUCUGGAUGAACAGGGCCUCGCUGUCAGCACCGUGCAGCUCUCUGUGGAAGAAAGAUCCACAGCUCUCCACCAGAUUCAGGAAAAUCAAGUACCAGCAGAUGAUGCUGCCAAAAGCAGCUGCUCAGCACUUCUCACCUUGUCUGUUCUUGUCACGAGUUUCCAAAUUCUUCAUCUCUGAGAAAUUUCCUUUGCAAAAUAGCUACAUAGCUCAGAAGUUCAGAAAUAGACCAACGAGCAGCACCUAGGUCUUUGUGGGAUGAAAGUGGACAGCAAGACUGGUUUUUACUCUAUCAACUAGCAUUUCUGCAGAUCUUAACCCAUUAAAUAUGAAUGUAAUUAAGACUUUCUGUCCUCCUCCAGACAGCCAUGGGUUUAGUUUAUCAACAGCAUUGUAAAAUAUGUUGGCCUUUUUGGUGUAAUUUGUUGUGAUGUGAUUAAUAUUAUUCAUAGUAUUUAUAAACAAUCUAAUAUUCUUUUGUGAAGUGGUGCAAUUAUUAGUUCGUCUCUUUGCUUUAUUUCAAUUAACUCAAUCUAAAAGAGCUGAAAAUAAAACAAGCAAACACAA